CUUCCUACUUCCCGGUUUGAGCAGUCGACACGUUCUCUCUGGUCAUUGGUGAUUUCUGCGAUACAAAAUGCGGCAGGGGGAUUCUUCAUCGCGGUUCAAUGACACCAUGACGUUCACAGGGACUGUAGUGUGUCUCUUUGCGGUAAUAUUAGCAGUUUCAGGUGUGGAGCUAGAAGGAAUCGAAGAUGAGCAUGGUGUCAGAAUACCAACAAAAUGUGAAGUUUGUAAAUAUCUAGUAACGGAGCUUCAGCAAAGACUAUCAGAGACAUCAUCAAGCGAGGUGUUAAGAACAGGUCAUGGACUGGACAAAAAACCACUGAAAGAAAUCAAAUAUGAUAAGUCGGACCUGCGUCUAAUAGAAGCUUUGACAGACCCCCAUGUUUGUGAUAAGAUUUUGGAGUACAAUGUGCACAAGGAGAAGAAAGGCAGCAUGAGAUAUGCCAAAGGGAUGAGUGAGACAAUGCAGACUCUACAUGGUUUGGUGGACAAGGGUGUCAAGGUGGAGCUUGGAAUGCCAUAUGAACUUUGGGAUAAGCCAUCUGCUGAGGUCACAGCCAUGCAAAGAAAGUGCUACAAAAUGGUGGAAGAUUAUGAAGAGGAUAUUGAAGACUGGUACUACAAUAACCAAGAAAAAGACAUGAUUGAAUAUUUCUGCAGUAAUCUUGUACUGAAAGGAAAUGAUGACAAAACAUGUCUCACAGAGAAGGAGGAACCUGAGGAGGAUAAGAAGGGAGAGGAUGGGGAUGUAAAAGAGAAAAAGAAAAAUAAGAAAAAGAAAAAAGGUAAAAAGAAGAAGAAAAAUAAAGGGAAAGGAAAAGAUGAAACUGAAACUCAAGGCUUGGGCAAAAAGAAAGUGGAAGAGGACACAAAAACGGAAAAGCAAAGAGAUGAAUUAUGACCUCACUCUUAGGACUUCCAAAUGCAAUGCUAUGUUUUUGAAGUGAAACUGAGUUCAUAUCACAGGGCAGAAAGUUAAAAUGCAUUUGUCUUAGUACAUAAAGGUUGAGAAAGACCAUUGCAUAUGGGCACUACCAUUGUCUUUUUUCUACUCUUUUUUAUAAGUAGAAAACUGGUGCUAGAUAAUAUUAUGCGUUGUUGUUCAUGUUCACUUGAUACUCUUUUUUACAGAAAAUGUUGCAGCCCGAUCAACUGGCAGUGCUUAGUUAUGAAAACAAUGAAAUGUCAUUUUGCAUUGUUACAAUAUUGGUACACUUUUUUGCUGCUGAUAAGCAAAAUGUAAUUGUCAAGGACAAGCACUUCUCGUCCAUAUUGUGUAUGAUGCCAGAUGUGCAUUCAUUUGCAACUUUUGAGGAGAUUGCUCUUUGGUGCCAACUGCCUGUCACCCCUUAAGCCCCCUUUACACUAGACAGCGUCCUUUCUGCAUCACAUAGUAUGCCACCAUUUGAGAGUUAAAAAAAAAA